UUUAUUGUAAGAAUGUGUCAGAUGAAGUCCGAAAAAAGGUUGCCAAAGAAGUUAUCGACAAUCUGUUGAACCUAACAAACCUUGAUAAGAUGGACAAAGAACAAAGAGAAAACGGAAUAGACCCGCGAAAUCUUACUAUUAUAGUCAGAACACUUCACACAAUCGUUCAUCUAAAUAUUUCAGAUAACAAUCUCAACAUAUUGGGUCCGGCAAGCAAUAUAUUGGAUAUUAGGUAUACAAAGUCGUGGAGAAACAUGACGGUGAGUUUGUGAUUGAAAUUAAUCGAGUCUCAAAGACUGAGUUGCAAAAAAGCUGCGGUAGUCCAUGUGUUGACCCGAUAUCGUUCACUUUCAUUUAGCAUGUCUUAGAUCUGAACGGAUACUAACACUUUCAAGCAGGCUGAGUUCAAAUCCGAAAAGUUCCCGUUCCGAAGACCUGCAGUUUUCUCACAAAAUGCUAUUUUAUCUUCAAUAACUUCAUGACAAAUUUUUCAUUGUUCAACGACACAGAUCGAUGACCAUACACGAUUAUGUGUUUGUGUAGCAAUUGUAUAACAUCUGCUAGAGGUCGCUAGUCUGUACUGUUGUUUGUCUGUAUGUGAGUAGAAUGCGAUGAAUCAGCUAUCAGCUAAAUACUUAACGAUGCUAAAUACUAGUCAGUAAGUUUGAAUAAUUAACGAAUAUUCACCAAUCGGAAUUCAGUGGAGGUGAAUAGUGCGAGAACGAAACACGAAGCGUCGAGGUGACUAGCCUUGUGCUAUUCACCGACACUGAAGGAAUAAUUGUUUUAGCAUAUACCAUAACAAAACAAAAGUGACCAAAAAACAACAAAAAUAUUUAAAACAAUUUGUAUUUCAGCUCCCGUAUUACUUGUAAAUAAAACAGUAUUUACACGCUUUUAGUAUUUUAUUGAUCAGAAAAAGCUUUAAAAUACUUCUGCACAUUGUUAAACAAAACUUUGUGAUUUUCUUCGUGUUGGGCGAAACCGCUGCUUCGUUUAGUAGAAAACUUGCUCGUACCUUUUCACAUUCCAGACAACACGUGACACUCAAAUUUCGCCGCUUUUAUGGAUUAAAAUUUUCAACGAAUUUUCCACUUUGCCAAUAGGUGUGGCCGGUCGCCCCCUCAGACUGGAACAAACUACUCAAACUCUAGAAAUCCAGGCAUUCUUUUUUUUGUCUCUUCUUUUUUCGUGUCGUUUUUCAUCGUGUCAUCUUUCUUGCUAUUAUUUUCUUUUCUAGGACAAUAAGGUGAUUCGUGAUCUGGUAAUAACCUUGGAAGAUUAUGGAUUCCUAUAUGGAGAGAACUUAAAAAACAGCUCGAAUACUUCGCUUAUAGUUAAAGACUACCCCAACGUACAGCUAAACCUCAGAUACAUAAAAUACGCAGGCAAUUUGUCACCAAAGGAAAGACUUUUCAAGUUUCCAAAUGCAUCGUUCAACCUCUCGCUUGAUGCGUUACUUAAAGAAUCUGGCGCUGUGGUGGUUAUCUUGUGGUAUAAAACAAUACAUUCUCUUAUAAGGAAUACUUUUCAUGGUGAUAAUAUUUAUGCAGCAAUAAGCAGCAAGAUAAUAAACGUAAAUGUCCGACCUGAGCAAAAGAAAAAGUUUUCAGAACCUGUACGCAUCAGCUGGGACUUAGCAGAAUUGGUAAUUAAAGCUUGCUUGUUUUCGACUCAAAGAGAAUGGCAGUUUUCAAUUUAGGAUGGAAAAUAAUUGAGUAAGACAUAGAGUAAAACAGAAUUGAAUCGAGUAAAAUGGUAGGAUAGUUGAGUAAAAGACAACAGAAUAUUAUAGAUUAGCAUAUACGUACUCGGGAGUUUGCGCGUAGUGCUUUUCGCGCAAUUUGAUUGAUUGCUCAGCUCCGCAUAUCCUUGUGCUAUUCAUCUCUGGAUAAAAACAAAAUGGCGUCCCGUUUUGUUCCGGUUAUACUGCAGACGAGAAAGUUUUCUACUAAACGAAGCUGCGGUUUCGCAAAACACAAUUAGAAAGCCACAAAGUUUUGUUUAACAGUCUGUAGAGGUAUUCUUCAAAGCUAUUUCUAAUGAAUAAAACUAUUCACCGACACUGAGGUGAAUAAUUAUUAACCUACAAUGAAAUACAAUCAUUAUGGAAUAUAAUAGAUUGCAAACGAAUACAUCAUAACUCAACUCAGCUGAAUUCAAUUAAUGUACUACAUUGUAAUGAGCCUUGAUUGCUCUAGAAGCGUAUUUUUAUGACUGUAUGGAAACACGUUAAUUUUCUGUCUCACGUUAAUUUUCUGUCUUUUGUUUAAACGUAAACAAAACAAUUUAACAGUCACGCGCUGUAAUCGAAAAAAAAUGUAUGAUAAUAUUAAUUCUGACAACAAGGUUAAGGAACCAUAAGUCAAAAAUAUAAUUCUCAGUUUAAAUAAAGAAGAAUCUGGCUAUUUUAUGAUCAAAUUGACUCCAUGCACUAUGUACAGCAACACAUAUAUACAAUAUAAUUAGCUUAAGUUUUUGGUUUACGAAACAUAAACAGUGCUCAAUACCAUAUAGAUGGAGCGUAAUAUAGUUUUUCGUUUUACCUCAAAAACCCACAACAGUCUGUUUCAUCUGACGAUUCAAAUACGGAUCAAACAGACUGUUGAGGGUUUUUUGAGGUAAAACGAAAAACUAUACAAUAUAUUUAUUUAGGAGCAUUAAUAAAGCCUGAUUUCCACUCCGACCGCAUCGAAACGGAACACAACGCACUUCUUUGUUUCAAAGACAUUAGUUCUCUCUGAGUGCUCACGAAACAAAUACAUACGUCGUACGCUACACUUGGCCGCGAUACGUAAUUUGAAGUGGAAAACAGAUAAAGAUAGAGAGAGAAAGAUCAGUAAGUGAAGAAGUGAUAUAAAAGAAGACGAAAGAGAAUGAGAGGACGGUUUAUACCUCGUAUACACCCGUGUUUUUAAUAGUUUUUAAAGUUAUAUAAUGAAGUAGCGUUUUUUAGUUCAUGUUCUAGAUUGCUAAAGUCUACAGACGCUUGAUACCUUGGUCGUUGAACAAGCGAAAUCUUGUUCGUCUUUGCUCGCGGUAGAUGUAGAUCUCUGCGGUGUCUUGUGUAAUGCUCAUGGAUGUUUUAAUUCAUUCUUUGCUAAUUCAAAAUCAUUAAGCCAUUCAUACAUUUAUAUAGAUAAACAUGCAUCUGUGGUUAUGUCUUCUCUUUGUCGGCGUUGUCCAUUUGAGUUCUCCUAAUGCUUCGGUUGAAGAAUAUCGCGGGUGGUGCAUGGUCUAGAAUGAUUAACGCGUGUCCAGAUCUAGAAAUUCUCCGAGUCGUUGGUUGAUCUUGGCAAUCAUAUGUUAUCAAUAUGAUUAUGCCAAGUUAGAUCACUGCUUAGAGCUACACAAAGAUAUUUAAACGAUGUUUCCUGCGAUACUUUCUUAUUUUGGAUGGCGAUGUCCUCGUUGCUUGAUUGUUUUUUAUUGGCGAAAAUCAUAAAUUUAAAGUGGUACUCGCCUAAGCUCGCCGCAAAGAUAAUGAGAGUUUAAGCGAUUUUAGGGGAUUUAAGCAACAACUGCAACUUUUAAGAAGUGCGAGUUUGGGCGAUUUAAGAGAACUUCGGUCAAUUUUAACCCGCGAUUUUGGGCGAGUUACCACUCUGAGACAACAUCACAAACAUACAUCUUCACCUGAGUGCAUAACAUCUGAAACACUAAACAUGGGUAAUGUUUAUUGUUUCUUAAAAAUAACAACAUUUUUAGAUCUGAAUUAUUCAUUUUACUUUCAGAACGAUUUCAAAACAUGUGCAUACUGGAAACCAAGAUUAGGUGAAAAUAGAUGGAAGACAGAUGGAUGUAAAAAAGUAACAGACAAGUUCUAUAGUAACCGCUUGAUAUGCGAAUGCGACCACCUAACAGCUUUUGCUGCUAUGGAUAUUUCUAGAACUAUGGUAAGAUUUUAAGGUUACAUUAGUGCAGGAUAACCUAGGCAUGUGUUUCAGGAGAUCUACCUUUACUCGGCGAAUUUCUUUCAAAUUUUCGCCGAAUGUAGCCAGAUAGAUGAAGAAUAACAUAGUGUUAUAAAAUAUAGGAGAAAAAAGAAUUUUCCCGGAUGCAGUGGAACCCUGCCAUAC